UCAAACACAGGUCACAAAACAGAUUAGAUUAUUAAGUAUCAACACACUUUUCCACAAAUAAAAUUUUCCAGGUGUUAUUGUUUCGCUUCCAAUUUGAAGAAACAAUCAAAUAUCAAACCGAACAACACACACAACAGAGCACAAAACAAAGACCUAGGAAAGGUUGUUCUUGUUCCUGUUUGAUUCUGUGUCUUCUGAGACUUCAAAUUUUCGGAGUCUUAAGAAGGCACACAAAACUGAAAAGAAAGAGAAAGAACAAUGAAGAAGCCCAUGGAGACUCUCUCUGAUCUGAUACAUGAGUUCAAGCUUCGCACUAUUUGGUGGUCCCUUUGUAUAUUCGCUGUUUCCUAUUUCUUAACUCAUACAAGUAAAUCAAUGUGGAUGAAUGUACCUAUGUCAAUUUUAUUAGUUUCUGCGCUGCGCAUUCUUUUCAAUAAUGUGGAAUUCCGAUGGAAGGUUCAACAGCCUGUAUCACAAACUUACCUAUCUCAUUUAGAGAAAAAACAGUUGUCGCCAAAUGAUUCCCGCCUCUCUACUCCGCCUCCCCCUACUAAAUGGAAGAGGAAAAUUGAUUCUUCUGCCGUGGAGGCUGCCAUGGGUGAUUUGAUCGAUAAGAUAUUGAAGGAUUUCGUGGUUGAUUUGUGGUAUUCGGAAAUUACUCCAGACAAGGAGUUUCCCGAGCAGAUACGUGCAAUAAUAAUGGAUGUUCUUGGUGAAAUAUCAGGAAGGGUUAAAGAGAUCAACCUUGUCGAUUUGCUGACAAGGGACAUAGUUGACUUAGUAGGUGAUCACAUAGACCUUUUCAGAAGAAAUCAAGCUGCUAUAGGCGUAGAUGUUAUGAGAACGUUAUCUUCUGAGGAGAGGGAUGAGAGAUUGAAAUUCCAUUUGUUGAAUUCUAAAGAGCUACACCCAGCAUUGAUAUCUCCAGAGAGUGAGUACAAGGUUCUUCAGCGACUGAUGAGUGCUGUUUUAGCCAUAGUACUAAGACAACGAGAAGCUCAGUGUCCUGUAGUUCGUUCUAUAGCUCGGGAACUUUUAACUUGCUUGGUUAUGCAACCUAUUAUGAAUUUAGCAAGCCCCGGGUAUAUAAAUGAGCUUAUUGAAUCUCUUCUACUUCUCCUUAAUGAUGAUGUUACAAAAUCAAUGGCUGGUAAUCAGCCAACAAAUGUAGCAAGUCAUCAACGUGGUCAUUCUACCCCUAAUGAGGGCGGCCAUGACAAUCUCACGGCAUCUAAGCAAUCUCCAUUAUUAAACCAAGUAACUGAGAUGGCCUUGGUUAAAAUGAGUCAUCAAGGAGAGACAUCGUUGCAGCAUAAAAUACACCACGAAGAAUCUUCUCAGGUCAAGCCUGCUGAUUGGGCACGGAAAUUGGAGGUUGUAACUCAGAGGAGAACUGAAAUUCUUAUGCCUGAGAAUCUUGAGAACAUGUGGACAAAAGGAAGAAAUUACAAAAAGAAAGAAAACAAAAUAACCAAAGCCGGCUUUCAGGAUCUUUCUGUCAAAAGUUCAGCUACGGACAGUUCGCUGCCUCAUAGAACAUUGAUUCAGGAAACAUCAGUGAGUAAACCUGGACAGUUUUCACCUGCAGAAGCAAAGAUUUCGUUGCCGCCAAAGCCUGCCUUGGGUUCAGAUCCCCUUCAAAAUGUUGGAGGCACAGAUAGAUCACAAUAUCCUCAGGACUCUGGCAAGCAAUUAACUUUUGAGGACAAGCUGCAAGUUGAUACGAUGAAGGGCAUCACGGAUCUUGUUUCCAAUGGGUAUAAAAGUAACCUGAAGAGAUCUAACAGUGCUUCUUCCUUGGCAAUCCAACCUAAUAAAGGAGGCUCCAUAAUUUCAGAGUUCUACACUCCUGAAUUCGGGAGGCAUAGUGAAUUUCGUGGGAAGAGUUCUUCUGACAUGAUUGUUAGAAGAGAGGGGCCACUUAUUCCUAAGCUCAGGUGCCGGGUUAUUGGAGCAUAUUUUGAGAAACUUGGGUCCACAAGCUUUGCUGUCUAUUCAAUUGCAGUGACUGAUGCACAAAAUAGGACUUGGUUUGUUAAAAGAAGAUAUAGGAAUUUUGAACGACUACAUCGACAUCUAAAAGAUAUUCCCAAUUAUACAUUACAUUUGCCUCCAAAAAGGAUAUUUUCGUCAAGCACAGAUGAUGCCUUUGUACAUCAACGUUGCAUUCAGCUUGACAGAUAUCUCCAGGAUCUUCUGUCAAUAGCUAAUGUUGCUGAGCAACAUGAAGUAUGGGACUUUUUCAGUGUUUCCUCAAAGAACUACUCUUUUGGGAAAUCUUCUUCAGUGAUGAAAACAUUGGCAGUCAAUGUAGAUGAUGCUGUGGAUGAUAUAGUACGCCAGUUCAGAGGGGUUUCAGAUGGUUUAAUGAAGAAGGUUGUUGGUUCAUCAUCCCCCAUGAAUGAAGGUUAUUCUACGUAUACCACCGGGAGCAUGCCCUGGAAUGCCGAUGAAAUGGAUAAAAGUAUUUCACAGCAAAGCAAUGCAGAAAGUGUGUUAAGCUCCGAUAACGAGGAAAGUCUAAAGAACAGUAAUUAUGGCAGUGAGAAUAUUGACAGGGAAGUAGCCCAAGAUAGUGGGUGGCAUUCUGACAAUGAAGUGAUCUCACAGGAUUACCUGUCACGAAUAACAAACCCUGCCGAAGAGCCUGGGAACUUGGAUUUGGAUAGAAAGCAUGAUGUGAUGGUGGAAUCCAGGGUUGGCAAUGAUGUUCCAGUUACAAAUUUCACUCUAAUUCAAGAUAGUUCGGAGGAUCCAGUUGGAAUGCCACCAGAGUGGGCCCCCCCAAAUGUCAGUGUCCCUAUUUUGAAUUUGGUUGACAAGAUAUUUCAGCUCAAGAAAAGAGGCUGGCUAAGAAGACAGGUCUUUUGGAUAUCUAAGCAGAUAUUACAGUUGGUGAUGGAAGAUGCUAUUGAUGACUGGCUCCUGAGACAGAUUAAUUGGCUUCGGAGAGAGGACACGGUGGAACAAGGGAUUAGAUGGAUCCACGAUAUACUAUGGCCUGGUGGUACCUUCUUUUUAAGAGUAGAGGCUCCUCAGAUAUUUAGUAGUGGAAUUGAUCAAAAGCCUUCUCAAACAACAAACAGAUAUGGUGGAAGCAAGAUCUCAAAAUCUGGUUCUGGUUCUUUUGAGCAAGAGCUCGAGGCUUCUCGAAGAGCAAACGAUGUCAAGAAACUAUUGUUUGAUGGUGCUCCAACAACUUUAGUCAGUUUAAUCGGGCCGAAGCAGUAUAGACGAUGCGCCAGGGAUAUAUACUUCUUUACUCAGUCUUCUAUAUGUGUGAGGCAACUUGCUUAUGCAAUCCUGGAACUUGUACUGAUCUCUGUCUUCCCCGAGAUGCGGAACGUUGUCCAAAGUGUUCAUGAGAGCAUGCAUGUUCAAUAAUCAUUAUAGAGUUUCCAUAUCACCUGCGGCAUUUGUUGUCUGCAUAUGUUGUAAUAUGAAAUGAAAUUUUGGCGAGACAACUUCUUUGGAUGUCUGGUGCCAUUGAUUUAUAUGGCUUUGUUUGGUGAUGUCCGUUGCAGAUGCAGGAACAGGAGCCUUGGAUGGUAUUUUUCCGGGGAAUGUUUUUGCAUCUGUUUUCCAACUGUACAAAAACUUAGAUUUAGGGUGCUGUACAUAAAACAAUCGUUUUAUCACUUUUAUGAAUCCAUUAUGAUUUUGUCAAGGUAUACCCCAUUUUCAUGGGGAUUUUGUA